CAGCAUCACCCCCCUCUGCUCCAGCAUCAUCUCCAGCAUUAUCCCCCUCUGCUCCAGCAUCAUCUCCCCCUGCUCCAUCAUCUGCUACCCAGAGAAAAUCUCUAGCAGAGAAAUAUGUGCAUGAUGCUUUUACUGGAAAAAACGUCUUUGUCCUUCUGUCAAAAGUGAAUGCAUAUAAGUUGUUUUACUUUGACAUUAAUAAAAUUGGUCCUGACAUGGAACUGGAGAGUCAGUCUAUUAAUGCAUUUCUGGCCGUCAUCGUGAAGGAAUACAACAGCAAGAACACAGGACAGGCUGUGUUCAUAGAUUCAUUUGCAAUGACAGCAAUGUGGCAGGGAAAAAGUCCUAGAUUAAAAAAGAUGAACCCAAUGAAUUAUGAAAUAAUUCUGGGAAUCAACAAUCAACACCACCACUGGACUUUAGUGGUGAUCUACCCACAAGACAAAAAGUCUUUGUUCUUGAAUCCACUGGGGGAAUCAAAACAAGACAUCCAGAAAUGCUUGCAAAUCACAAGGGCAUUUAUGAGGAAGAAGGGGUGCAAUGUCUCACGUUGGACAUGUGACACAGUCAAGCAUCCGAAACAACAGGAUAGCUCAUCAUGUGGUGUAUUUUCACUGAAGUUUGCAGAAAAAAUCCUGUCAAAAGAGGUUGUGGAUUUUCCUGUUUCCAGAGAGGCGGUCCACAGCAUGAGGUUGGAAAUUGCUGUGAGACUAAUCCUUAACAGUGAGGACCUAAAAGACUUGUGUCACUUCUGUGGAGAGAUGGAAAGUGACACGGAUGUGAACUGGAUCCAGUGUGACGUGUGUCUGAGGUGGUUCCAUCAUGCAUGUGUGGGAAGCCCACCAACUGAAAAAACAUAUCACUGCUUUGCGUGUUUGCCUUAGUUGCCUUUGUUCCUGAGUUUGCUGUGGUGUGCUUGUUUAUGUAUGUUGUUUAAAGGUUAAUAAAUUACAUUUUGAAAACUGUUUGAUAUUUAUACUUACAAGACUUUGAUAUAAGGCAGCUAUGGAAAAAAGUUUAAAUCCCAAGGCCCCUUAUAAC